UGAAUGUAUGACAACAAGGUAGCUGAUAUGUCGGGACGGCUGCGAUUCCUUCUUUAUUAGUUCUUUCUUUCUCGAGUGGAGGAAAAAAAAACAGACGACAGAGAGAAAGCGAGAGAGAGAUGGAGAAUCAUACGAAAGACUCGACCAUGAAUGUUUCAUCUCUUAACUGUAUCGAUCUAUCCGACGAUGAUCUUCAUAACUCAGUUGUUUCCCUCAAACAGGCAUGUUUGGAUUGUGGAUUUUUCUAUGUGAUCAACCAUGGGAUAAACGAAGAGUUCAUGGACGAUGUUUUCGAGCAGAGCAAGAAGUUUUUUGGGGAUCAUAAAGAAGGUUAUUACAUUGGAAUUGAAGUUCCUAAAGAUGAUCCUCACUGGGAUAAACCAUUCUAUGGCCCUAACCCUUGGCCUGAUGCUGAUGUUUUACCCGGUUGGCGAGAAACAAUGGAGAAAUAUCAUCAAGAAGCAUUGAGGAUUUCUAAGGCUAUUGCAAGAUUAUUGGCGUUAGCCCUGGACUUGGAUGUGGAUUACUUCGAUAGGACGGAAAUGCUUGGAAAGCCUAUUGCAACUAUGCGUUUGUUGCGCUAUCAGGGGGUUUCUGAUCCCUCAAAUGGAAUAUAUGCAUGUGGAGCACAUUGUGACUUCGGGAUGAUGACUCUGUUAGCCACAGAUAGUGUAACGGGACUCCAGAUAUGCAAAGAUAAGAAGGCGACGCCUCAGAAGUGGGAAUAUGUACCGCCAAUUAAAGGGGCAUUUAUUGUGAAUCUUGGCGAUAUGCUGGAACGGUGGAGCAAUGGAUUUUUCAAAUCCACAUUACAUCGGGUUCUUGGGAACGGUCAGGAACGAUAUUCAAUUCCAUUCUUCGUGGAACCGAAUCAUGACUGUCUAGUGGAGUGUCUCCCAACAUGCAAGUCAGAAAGCAACCUCCCCAAAUAUCCACCGAUCAAAUGUUCGACGUACCUCACCCAGCGUUACAAAGAAACACAUGCGGAGCUAAGCAUCUACCACCAAUAAACAUGAAUGCUCUAUUCAAUCAACAGUAGGAGGGAGUCUUUAAAAAAAAAAAAAAAA